AUGAAACGAACAACAACUCAAAAGAAGGAAACACAAAAGAACACGCUGCUCAGCUACUUUGCAUCCACAAAAGCACCACCCAAGAAAGAGCCCUUAUCCUCAUUGAUUGAUAAAACAAACCCUCACACCAUCAAGCAGACAGCAUCAAAUCCAAGCAAAGCAAGAAACCAAAAGCGGCAACAGCAACCUAUUGACAUGACAAACGAUGCUGACGACAGCGACGAUAUCAUCAUGAUCUCAUCUCAACAAACCGUGAUAGAUCUCGAAUCGAGCCAAAGCAGCUUCCAAUCGACAAGCAGUAGUCAAAGUUCUACACACAGACUGAACACAACAGAGAUGGUCAAUAACUCGAAAUACAACAGAAAAGGAUGGUCAGUAGAAGCAAAGCAAAGAGGGCCACUCUCAUCCAGUCAAGAUAGCCGCUUAUCGCAAUCAAAGAAACCAUCACAGCAAUUCGAACGACUCCAGCUCAAUAAACCUCGCAUCACUGCCAAACCGUCUUAUGAAUGGUUGGGUCCCAACGAUGUCAAGCCUUACAGCUCCAACUUUAGUCCAUUUGUGUCUGCAGCAGAUCACCUCAAAGACGAUGCACCUCGUGUUACAUCACAGUUUGAAAGAUCCAAUUCGCAGCCUUACAUAUCAUCCUCCUCUGGAGGAAAGAGAGGUUGGACCGACUAUGAUGAUUCUUCAUCAUCCACCUCUUCAUACGGAUCCAGUUGGAGCAGUAAUAGCCUUACCAGCAGCAAGAGACGCACUUUACCCACACAGCCAACAAGACCAAAAGAUACCAACUGGUCCAAAACCAAGGCGAAACCUGGCUAUGGCCGACAAGCGCAUGCUAAAGUGUCGUAUGAUAAGCCUAUGGUCAUGAGCCAAAUGGCAUCUUUAUCUCCCACAGCGUCAACAGAAUUCACCCCGGAGCUAUCGGAUGAACAGAAACGAGUGUUUGAUAUGGUGGUCCGUGAACGCAAAAGCAUUUUUUUUACGGGCUCGGCUGGUACAGGUAAAUCUGUCUUGCUGCGUGCUAUCAUUGCAAAACUGAGAUCUACCUAUGGAAGUCGAUUGGCAGUAACAGCAUCCACUGGUAUCGCUGCUUGCAACAUCAACGGCUGUACAUUACACAGCUUUGGUGGUAUUGGCAUAGGUGCAGAAAAGGCAGAGGAGCUAGCAGCAAAAGUAGAAUUCAACAGGAGAUCCAGCGAGAGAUGGAAAGAGACCGAUGUUCUCAUCAUUGAUGAAAUCUCUAUGGUGGAUGCCGAACUUUUCGAUAAAAUGGACUACAUUGCAAAGCGUGUCAGACAUACAGAUGCUCCCUUUGGCGGUAUACAGAUUGUUGUCACUGGUGAUUUCUUCCAACUGCCCCCUGUGAACAAGGAAAGAGCAUCCAAGUUUGCAUUUGAAGCAGAAUCAUGGCGAGCAGCUAUUUCUCGGACGGUGCUUCUUACUCAAGUCUUUAGACAAAAGGAUGGCACUUUUGUCAGAAUUCUGAAUGAAAUGAGAUUGGGCAUCUUGUCAGAGGAAGCCAUUUCCAUCUUUAGUUCCUUGUCUCGAGCGCCUGCUGCGUGUGAUGAUAUUCAGCCUACUGAACUAUACCCACUUAGAAAUGAAGUAGAUGAUUCCAACAGAAGACGAUUGACUGAGCUACGCGGCGAGGAAAUUGAAUACAAAGCGAUUGAUGAGGGUGAUUCGCGCAAACUGCAGCAAUGCAUUGCUCCUACAUUGCUCCACCUGAAACUACACGCACAAGUCAUGCUGCUGAAAAACAUGGAUGCAGAACUAGUCAAUGGCUCCCUUGGGGUCGUUGUUGGCUUUGUAGGCAGAGGCAACUAUAGGAACAAGGCGGAAUGUGAGAUGUUACGAACACCACAGCGCAAAAGAGAUAGAAACAGCUUGUUUGCAGCAGACAAGGAAGGUGAUGGUGAGAUUGACAUGGAUGUGCCGUGGCCCGUGGUCAAAUUCGCAAAUGGCAGGGAGAUGAUUCUUGAGCGUGAAGCCUGGUCUGUUGCACUGCCAGGUGGCAGAGAUGUGUCCAGAAGAAGACAGCUACCAUUGAUGCUUGCUUGGGCUAUUUCUAUCCACAAGAGUCAGGGCCAAACACUGGAUGCCGUUCGAGUGGAUCUUGGAAAAGUCUUUGAGAAGGGUCAGGCCUAUGUCGCAUUAUCCCGUGCUACUAGUUUGAAGCAGCUUCAGAUUCUCAACUUUGAUCCCGCCAAGGUUAUGGCGCAUCCUACCGUCUCUAAUUUCUACAGGACCUUGCAAACAUUCAGAUAA